UAGCUUGAGGUCACGAUGGGUCAGACGUGGCUUAUAGGAGGAAGUGUAGCUGUUCUGCUGCUGAUACACAGCAUAGGAGCGACUGUAAUUCCACUCCCAGAAUUUCAUUUCUCUGCUGAUCGUUACAAUGAGAGUUCUGGAGUUCGUGCUGAAGAUGGAGAUUAUCGUUUACCUGUAACAGUUAUACCAAACCGUUACAGAAUUACAUUAACACCAAAUUUUGAUGAUUUUAAUUUUGUUGGUGAGGUCGACAUUGAAGUUACUGCAGAAAGUGCAACAAGUACCAUCAGUUUGCAUUAUGACAGUAUUAUCAUAGACACAGUAACAGUCACCAGUGUUGAUGGUGAAAACGCAUAUGAAGUUUCUGAGCAAUAUGAUGAAGAAACAAAUAUUUUUACACUCACACUGACUGACGAACUCGAACCCGAACCCGAAUUCCAACCAGGAAACUACAUAAUUCAUAUCGAAUACAGAGGUGAACUUCGAAAUGACAUGUCUGGCUUCUACAGAAGUUCUUACACAACUGAUGAUGGUGAAGUAAGAUGGCUGGCUACAACACAAUUUGAGGCGACGGCUGCUCGUAGGGCUUUUCCAUGUUUUGAUGAACCUGGACUAAAAGCCCGCUUUAAGAUCAUCAUCAGAAGACCUGAGGGCUAUGGAUCAAUCAGUAACAUGCCUUUGGUCGGCAUUAUACCUGCUGUAGGCGAACUAGUAGAGGAUGUAUUUGAAGAAACACCACCUAUGUCAACGUAUCUGGUCGCUUUUAUAGUCUCAGACUUCAAAGCUCUGUCAGUAGAUGAUAGAAUAUCAUAUCGCAUUUGGGCACAAGAAGAUGCCGUAGAACAGGCCGAUUACAGUUUGUCUAUCAGUCCAAGGAUUAUCCAGUUCUUUGAGGGCUUCACUGAGAUUCAGUUUGAAAUUGGUAAGAUGGAUCAAGCAGCAUUGCCUGACUUCUCAGCGGGUGCCAUGGAAAAUUGGGGCCUUGUUACAUACAGAGAGAGAUUGCUGCUGUUUAAGGAAGACACGUCAACAACUUCCAACAAGCAGAAUAUUGCUACAGUGAUUGCUCAUGAGUUCGCUCAUCAGUGGUUUGGAGACCUGGUCAGUCCAGCGUGGUGGGAUUACCUCUGGCUGAAUGAAGGCUUUGCUACCUAUUUUGAGUACUUCGCCACUAUAGCGGUGGAGCCUAACUGGCGUCUAGAUCACCAGUUCGUAGUGAACGCACACCAGAAUGCUCUGGUAGCUGAUUCUUCAGCAACAACCCAUCCUAUAACAACAUCAGUGUUCUCACCUCGACAAAUCAGUUCUAUUUUUGACACCAUCUCAUAUGAUAAAGCUGGCUCCAUCAUCAGGACUGCCGAACACUUCCUAACACAUGACACAUUUGUAAAUGGCCUCAGAAACUACCUAACGGAAAAGACACAUCAGUCUGCAACAGCUGAUGACCUAUUCCGUCACCUACAUGAACAAGCAGUUGUAGAUAGUGUCUUCACAGACGCUGACUUGAAUACCAUAACCAUCCUGGAGUCAUGGACUACGCAGGCAGGGUAUCCUUAUAUCACUGUGCAAAGAGGAGAUAAUGGCAUUCACAUCAGUCAGAAAAGAUUCAUAAAUACGGGAGAGACUGAAGAUCCAACAACUUGGUGGGUUCCCAUCACUUACACUAAAAAGAACGCUAUUGACUUCACCACAACUAAACCAACAGCAUGGCUGAAAAAUGUGGCAGAAGACGAUAUAGUAACUGAACUUGCAGAAGAUGAAUGGAUCAUUCUCAAUAUACAAGAAACAGCAUUCUACCGUGUGCUUUAUGAUGAAGAGAACUACCAGUUACUGAUAGAUUACCUCAGAUCAGAAGCAUACAGUGGCAUCCAUCCCCUCAACAGAGCCCAGCUUUUGGAUGACUCUCUGAAUCUGGCCCGUGCUGGCUUGCUAAGCUACUCAACAGCCCUAGAAAUCACCACAUACUUGGCUGAGGAAACUGAUUUCAUCCCCUGGAUAUCUUAUUUCAGAGCCCUCACUUUUCUCAACACUAGAUUUUCCGGAACUGAUGAUUUCGAAAUAUUCAAGAGUUAUGUCCUGCAAUUGAUAGAAAAUCUGUAUGAAACUGUUGGAUUUGAAAUUCCGGAAGAUGACGAACAUUUAACAAAGCUCAUUCGAGUCACUGCUUUGACUUGGGCUUGUAACUUUAAUCAUGAACAAUGCCUCACCAGUGCCUCAUCACUAUUUAGAAACUGGAUGGACAAUGCUGAAGGUGUUAACACGAUUUCACCAGACCUCAGAAGUGUUGUAUACUGUUCAGCUUUAAGUAAUGGCGGAGAAGAGGAAUGGGAAUUUCUUUGGAACCAAUACUUAAGCUCCAAAGUGGCAACUGAUCAGGUUCUCAUUCUGUCUGCACUUGGAUGUACAAGAAACAGUACACGGUUGAACGAUUAUCUGGAGUUAUCCAUCACAGAAGAUUCUGGAAUCAGAAAGCAAGAUUCGCAGACUGCUUUCUCUUCAGUGUACAGCAGAGCCGAAGGAGUUGACAUAGCGCUUGACUUCCUUACUCAAAAUUUUGGUCAGAUUCAACUAUACUACACAUCGAUGAAUGCUCUUGGCAAUAUCAUCUCUGGAAUAGCAUCUCGACUGACAACAAAUGAGCAACUUGACAGGCUCCGUCGAUUUGUUGAUGACAAUCAAGCAGAACUGGGACCGGCUCAAUCAGCUGCUACAGCGGCCCUGGCUACUGUGGAGGCAAACCUUGCGUGGUUCAGCAAGUACCGUGAAGAUAUUUCGGCAUGGCUAGAUGAAAAUACCACUACUACUCCCACUACUACUCCAACUACUACUCCCACUACUACUCCCACUACUACUCCCACUACUACUCCCACUACUACUCCCACUACUACUCCCACUACUACUCCCACUACUACUCCCACUACUACUCCCACUACUACUCCCACUACUACUCCCACUACUACUCCCACUACUACUCCCACUACUACUCCCACUACUACUCCCACUACUACUCCCACUACUACUCCCACUACUACUGACACUACUACUCCAACUACUACUCCAACUACUACUCCCACUACUACUCCCACUACUACUUCCAAUACUACUGACACUACUCCUGACACUAGUAGUGCUACUCCAACUGCAACAGGGACUCCUACUGGAACUACUGAAGAAACAUCAACUACGGAUGCUGCUUGUUCCCUGUCAUUCAAUCCCAUUGUAUGUGUCAUCAUUCUGAUUGGCAGCUUGGUAGUCAAAUACUGA